GCCCUCGCCGUCGCCAUCUUCCCGCGGCCGCGCCUCCCGGGCCGCUCGCGUAAACAGUGCCACGCGUACAGCGCCCGCCGCCGGGGUCCGCUCCCGCGCCCGCUCCCCGCCCCCGAGUUGUUCUGGACUUUUCCAGGCGGUAGAAAAGUUGUCAGCGGGCGCUGGCCGGUGCCCCGUGGGUCUGGGGAAACAGGCUCAGCCAGGGUCUGCGGGGGCUGCCGGCCCUAACCCCUUCUCUCCGCGGGUGGGUGGGCGGCCUCCUUUCGAAUGGCUCUGCCAGCCGAACUCUGCUGCUCGCCCACCUUCCCCCGCCCCCAGGAGCCUAGACAGAGAAGCGAGUGGAGGCGCUGUCCUGGGCCCUCACUCCUCCCAGGGUGCCCACCGCUUCUGCCCAGCCUCCUGACACAGCGAAACUCCAGCCUCCAGUAUGGGGGUCCUCUUUUUUAAGACAGAGGCUUUUAAGGGGGCGGGAGGAGGGGGCAGGCUGCAGGGCAGGGGCCCCACGAAGUCGUUACUACGGGUGCCAGCUGCGCCCUCCAUACCUUGACCUCGUGUUCAGGCAGCAGAAGCCCUGAAGCUGGGGUGCGUACAGGUCCCCCGCGUGGGGAGUGGGGACCCUGGGCCGGGGCUCCCCGGGGAUUUCCACCCUCCUGGCUGCUGUGAGGACCAUAGCACACCUGGUCUUGUCUGGACCCACCUUGGCCCAGCCCUUUUGUGUGAGCAGGCUGGGAGCUGCGUUUGUAGGGGGCUUCAGAGCCCCAGGGCAUGGCUCAUUCCUGUGGUCUACCUGUUGUAGGGAAUCAGAAAGGCUGGUGUAGGGACCCAUUUCUGUGGCAUCCUGAGCCAGGCGAGGAAUUGGUUGAGUCUCCAGCUGCCCUGGCUGGGACCCGUCCCUGAGUCCCAGCCCCUGGUCCCCUACUGGGGACAGUUUGGGGAAGGACAGGAGUGUGACGAGGGAACCAUUGCCUCAGGCCUCCUCAGUGAGCAAGCCCGGCCCCCGCUGCCGCUUCUCUCCAAACCAAGUCCCUGACCCGUGGAGAACUCUGGGGCGUGAGCUGGGGCUCCCCCAGCAUGGAGAACCCAAAGCUGACAACCAGCGUCCUGGCCAAGGCUGCCCGAACACUGCCUCUAUGCUGAGCGUUUCACACAUGCAGCCAGUUCAUCUUCACCCCAGGCUCAGAGAGGCGAUGUGAUUUUUAUCUCUAUGGCCAAGGAAACUGAGGCAAGGAGAGGUUUGGUUACUUGCCUGCCACUCACCCAUCUCUGAUGAUGCCUGUUCCUGAGAUGGGGUCCCAGCUGUCCACAUUCUGCUGGGACAGAGACCAUGGGGGCACUGGUGAGGGAGACAGAGGGCUCCCCAACUCUGGUGCAUCUCCUCUGGCUCCUCUGGGCCGAGCCCCGCUCCCCCGGGGCCUGAGGCAGCCCAGGGCUGGCGGCUUGGCCCCUUCCUCGGGUGGGCAGCACUGCCCUGGAGGUUUCCUCAGCCAGCCCAGACAAGUAGCUGGGCGGAGCAGGGGGCCAGAGGAUCUCCGAGCCCCUGACUUGUCCCCACCUGUGAGGCUUCCAUGCUCUGCCAAGCGGCAUCCUGGGAGGCCCGGGAGCCCUGGCUGGCCUGUGGGGUCCUGCCUGGACACGGAAGGUGGCCUGGAGCUGGGAGCGAGGUCCCCCUGCCUCGUUAUCCUCCAGGCAGAUGCUGUGGCACACCCUGUGGUGCUGGGAAUUGUGUGCCCGCGUCUGAAUGGGCAAGACAGGUCUUCACACAACGAGCUAGAAAAGCACAGACGAGCCAAACUCAGGCUGUACCUUGAGCAGCUCAAGCAACUGGUGCCCCUGGGCCCCGACAGCACCCGCCACACCACGCUGAGCCUCCUGAAGCGGGCCAAGGUGCACAUCAAGAAACUGGAGGAGCAGGACCGCCGGGCACUGAGCAUCAAGGAGCAGCUGCAGCAGGAGCAUCGUUUCCUGAAGCGGCGCCUGGAGCAGCUGUCGGUGCAGAGCGUGGAGCGCGUGCGCACAGAUAGCACAGGCUCUGCUGUCUCCACGGACGACUCAGAGCAAGAAGUGGACAUAGAGGGCAUGGAGUUUGGCCCUGGUGAGCUGGACAGUGUUGGCAGCAGCAGUGACGCGGACGACCACUACAGCCUGCAGAGUGGCACCGGCGGCGACAGUGGCUUCGGGCCCCACUGCCGGCGGCUGGGCCGCCCCGCCCUCUCGUAGGCCCGUGCCCUCUGCUCCUUGGCCUGCCUGCCCGCCAGCCACGCGUGUCAGCCCUCCAGUUCUCCUUCAGUUGACGCCAGCCUCUCCACAGGCCCACUGCUGUGCCAUUCUGGAAGCUCCAGCUGCCGCUGGGCUGCCUGGCACUGCCCGCUUGCCAGUCAGGGCCUGCCGAGCUGCCUGCCCCUUCCAGCUGGGCAGAGUCCCCUGCAAGGAGGCAGGGCCCAGCUUCCACAUCCAGAGCCCUGGUCAGCAUAGCCGCCCACGGUCUGUUCUCAGAUUCCUAAUCAUUCCAGAAGUAUUAAACGUCAUUGCUGCAAACCUCGGCAGGUGCCGUGUGAGGGGCUUAAUGACCACCACAGGGAGCUCAGACCCCAACCCUGGAUCCCAGGAGAAAGGAGUGGACCGAGGAAGGAAGGAAGGCAAGGCUGUCUGUCCAUCCGUCCGUCUGUCCACCUACCUGUCAGUCCACGUAGGCUCCUGGCGUGGACAAGGGGUCUGUGAAGGGCGGGAACUGGGUGAGCACCUGGGGCAGGUGGGUGGUUAAGGUCCUUCCCACUUCGCAGGUGUCAGAACCUAGGGCUGGGCUCUCGGGGCUGGCCAGGCCAGCCCAGCCCACACCGAGCUGGGCAGCGUCUGCUCUGGUAGGACUGUCAGACGCACACGCGCACGCACCUAGACACACGCACUCGUGUACAUGCUCACACAUGCAGACACACCUGGGCGUCCCGAGGUCACAUGUUCUGGGGAUGCUGGCCUUCAGGGGUCAUCUGGCAAACAGCCCCUGGGCUGUGCCUGGAUCCCCCUCCAGCUCCCGCUCACCCACGCCCACCCAAUAGUCCUGCCUGUCUGCACAGGAGAGGGGCUUCUCUUCCUGGCUGGGGCUGGGGUGAACUGGAGGCUGGUUAAGUUGCAGCCGCUGGGUCCUCGGGGGCUUACUCAUCUCCCUUUUUUAAACAAAAAGCAAAAAAGUAAAAUGCUGCACUGCCCAGCAGCCCGGUUAGGGCUCCUGGAGCCACCUUAGGAAAGGGCUUCUCAUGAGCUCUGCUGCGGCAGCCUCAGCUGGCAGAGAGGCUUUCCCAGAAAAAAAAAAAAGAGAACCAUUUUUAAGAAGAAGAAAGCCUAAAGACUCUCGGCCUAGGGACGUCCGUGUGUGCCGCCUCUGUUUCCUGUACGAGAUUUUUGUACUCUAUUUUCCUAGCUGUUGUUGCGUCCUUGUUUGCCGAGGGGUGGGAGCCACCCAGCGUCUCAGGGACCUGUCCCUCCGUCACGUCGUCAAAAUGUGCCUUGUGUCUUGUGUCUGGCCUUGCCCUUCCCACCAGCAUGUCCCUCGUGGCUCAGGGUGCCCCAGGCCUGCCCAGCUAGUGCUGUCCUCCCAUCUCCUGUGGGCAGCCCCUCCCAGCAGCCAGGGCUUCCUGGAGGCGAUGCAGCCAGGCCCCUGUGGGUGGCACGGAGGGGCUGUGACCUGGUCCCCAGUGUUGCCCUCCCCAGUGGCUGGCAGGGGCCUGCUUGCUCACUAGAGAGAUGGAUUCUCGCCUGUCACCUGACUCGAGCCCCCUGCUUCCUGGCCUAGGCGAGGGUUCCAGGUUUCAGACACUGGCAGCCAAUGAAGACUGUGCUCACUGGGUGGUGCAGGCCUGGCACCAGGAGGCUUGCACCCGCCUUUCCUUCCUGACGUCCUCUGUCCUUGGGGCUGGCCCAUAGCAGUGCCUGCCGUGCCUCUGGUACAUCUGUAGCCAAUUCCCAUAUCAUGGGGAAAAUUCAUGUCUAUUUUCAGUCGUACGCAUAGACGCCCCGGGAUGGGGGGCCCGCUGUGGCGGAAGGGGGUCCCUGGAAACAACUCUGGCACAGAACCUGCCCUGCAGGCUGUAGGGGGCAUGGUGCCUGGAGCUGAGGGGCAUCCGAACGCGUUGCGGGUGGUUGUGAGGAGGCCUGUCUGCAUCUCCUUCCGGCCCCACUGGGGUCCAGGGGUGCCCAGAAAGGAGCUUCCCCUGCCUGCCUGAGUCUGUCCCCCCAGGCUUCAUUUCAAACACCGUGGCACCUCCGAGCAAGGCGGGCCGUGUGUAAAAGCUUGCUUCCCCAGCCAGCACUGCAGGGCCCUGAGUUUGUCGUGUCCCUGCCCUCAAUUCUUGAAGCACCAGCUCCCUGCCCCACCCUCCAGUGCCUGGGGCAGCUAGGGGCUUCUGCUCUCAUCUCUGACCAGCAGAAUCCACCCGGUGACCAGUGGUGGCCCCUCAGCCCACCCUCCCGGCAGCUCAGCCUGUGGCUCUUGAGGCCGUGGUUCCCACGUGGGCUGGGAGGCAGUCUCACAGCCACCCAGGGUGCUGUUCAGCUGCCCCUCCCUGCCAUCAGCAGGUGGGUGAGGGGUUGCCCACUGGGUGGGGGCCCAUGCUAGGAGUCACCACAUGCUCCAACCUCCCACUGCUCCCUGUCAGGGGCCCAGGCUGCCAUCACUGGAGGCUGCAGGGACCAAGAGGCCAUCACCGUGUCUAUAGAGAGCAGACAGAAGCAGAACAGAGCCCAGGGCUCCUGAGCCUCUGCGUGUGCCCUCCCAGCCCACACCGGUGCUCUCAGCCACUGAGCACCCAGACUCAGGCUUGGGUUCCCCAGCCUUAUUGGAAGGCAGCUCCCGCAUACCAGGAUAACCCCCGCAAACCACAUAGCAGACCCCCGCCAUCCUCGCAGAGUGGGAGAGGCUGCAGCAAGGCUUUGCCUCUGCAGACCCCAUCUUAGUGGCACGGUGCUUGGGCCUGUGUCCCCGGGUGGUGGAACCCUGUACCGGUCUGUGGCCCUAGGGUCCCCGCUCUGCUGUCUGCCCCGGCCCAUGCCGUCCGCUGGGCGAGGCCGGCUCCCCCGUGCCCUGCCUCCCUCUGUCAGGGAACCUGGGACCCCCUCCCCACUGCCUGCACAGAGGACCCUGACCCUCGGCCAGCAGGGUGGCCCCAGGUCCAUGUUGGGCACUAGGGCAGGUUCCGUGCCAGAGUCGGGGGCCACACGAGGGCCUGGUGCCGGUGAGGGGGGUGUGCGCUAGAGGGGGAAAGGGGCCCCCGGCCACCUGUCCACCGUGUGGGCCGUGCUGUGUCCUUAUGUCAUUGUAAUAUAAAUACAGAUUUUUAUAUCUCA